AUGAGUGCCUAUAUGCUUUCUUCCAUCCAUCCGCCUGCGGAAGUGUCUUUUUCGAAUCGGCAGAACGAGAGCCACAAAGAUCCGUACGGGGAGGAUGACGAUUCAUCGUCUAUUUCGUCCGCCAGUUUUUCUCCACCAGCACCGAUAAGCGACGCCGACGACAAUGAAACUACGAUGGGAAUGCCAGUGAUUCCUGAUACACAAGUGCACAACGGAAGUAGCAGCGUCAACAACGACAGCGAUAUGGUUCUUUCCAAGUUUCGUCGACGCCGCGCGGAAGUAAACACACUCUCCCGGAAGGAUUCACACUCGGCGUCGUUCCGUCGCAAACAAGCCGAAGAUUUGUCAUCCGCGCCGUUGGCUCGUAGCAACGGGUCAUCGCCCCUGUCUUGGAAGAGUGCCACCGCCAAAGGGACUUGGGGCACCACGAGCCAGUCGUCACGGCAUUCCCUCAAACCCCUACGUCGGCAAUUGUUGCCGGCAUGGAGCAGUCCGCCACCACCACCACCACCACCUGAGCGCGCCCCCGUAACACCGCCGCGUGAAACCCCUACACGGCAUUCCGAUCCCUUAAUCCAGUACGCGUCAUCCGCAACAACCUCACGUCGGUCCCCUGCCCCUGUCGUGCUCCGCCACCACUGUACGGCAGUGGUCAGUGCGGACCUUCCGGUGGAGGAGAUUGAAGCGGAAUUGCUCGACUUUCCUUCAACCAACGAGUUUUGGCAAAUCACACAAGCUCCGACCGAUGAAGUAUGGAGCAGUGAUGACCACGAUCCGCACGAACCAUUCGACUACCAGGCGGAGGACGACGAGGAUUCUCAAGGACCCGGCGUCAUUCACGUGGCCCCUGUUACCGUUGACAAUGCCCGUCGCUACGAUAGCAACGGCGAGUCCCAAUUUACUUUGUCCCGUAGUGGUGUUAGGGAGAAUGAGUCUGGACCACCUUUGGGUGAGGUGGAUGUUUCGGAAAUCCAAGACAUUCAAGACGAGCCCGGACGACUGCCGACUCAUGCCACGUCCGCGUUGGUCCUGACCACUCCGGACCCGUCACGCCGGAGUAGGAAAACCCGCUCGUAUGGAACAAUGCAAUCCCUCGAGAAGAAAGCUAACGUCAAUACCAAGCCCGCUCAGCGCAAUCACCAACGCAGCAACAGAACGCGAGGUUUGAGCAGGCGGAACCAGGGGCAACAUCAAACCAUAACUGACGUCCGCACUCUACUGUCGUCCAAUAAGACAAUAUCACCAAACCAAGAAGAGAAGGUGCAAGAAUCUGGCUUAGAGCCUUUACCAUCUUGCCAUAUUGACGAAGAACCCGGUGUAAUUCUACUUCGAACGCAUCGUGCCUCUUCCGAGAACGAUCUAUUGCGUCUAGGAUCUGCGGAUACCACUGUGCUCGCAAUGCAAGAAGAAAGGCAUCCUUUGGGAACAAAGGCAGCGUCUAGUGCGAAGAGUUUGCAAACAUUGUCGACUCUUGGGGAUCCCGACAUUGCUAAUGACCACACUUGCAAGUCACAACCAGAAGUCGGUCGCAAGCAUUCUGCGCCUGCUCCGGUAGAGGAGGUACUAAGUAUAACUGGUGCACGCUCGUGCCCGAAUUCCAUAUGUGAGCCUUCAUGCCUAAAUGCAGUGAGUCACAUUGGCCUGCACGAUGCCAGGGAAUCCGCUACAGAACCUGGUACCAAGGCUUCUCAAACUAAGCAGUCGGAAAGUGUGCCGCACCUAGCCAGACCAACGCGAACGUCUCCUUGGAAGAACGCUUUAACCCAGUUUAGCCGCCAAAAGACGCAUUAUCUUGAAUCUACCAACAAACCAGAAGUCACACUGGUCACGAUUGAAAAGAGUAUCGAGAGCGAUGCCGUCAUAGAAGAUGAUGCGAAAUCAGCGCCGUCAGAGCUCAUGCAUAGCGCAUCCACUACUUCGUUCGAGAGAUCUGUGAGCCUAGUCACGAAUGUUCAGAUAGCAGGCAGGUCACCAAGCUCAAUGUAUGCAGAUGUUGUAAUGGAUUCGCGAUCAACAGAGGAUCACAACAACGAUGCAGAUCAGGAGGGAAUUUCCGGGUCCAUAGAGAUAGACGGCACAUUAGCCGAAGAACCUCGCAAGCGCAUUGCUUUCUCCGCCCUCAAGCUUUUACAGGUUUCCUCCGACGGGUCUGAACGUGAAAAAAUAUACAAUCCCGUGUGCGAUUCCAACGAGUCUUCAGUCAAUGAGGGAGGCAAGAACUCGAAGCACUUUCACCUUGAAACACCCCUCCACUCUCGUUUGAUUGAAAAUUCAAGAACAACGGAAGUGCUCAAAGUCGUUGCUACCCCUGUUCAUACAGUGCAACAACCCGAUGACGGGUCCGAGAAUGGCUCUCCAGGCAAGCCACUAUGCUAUUCGCACCAUUCUCCAAAUGAAACUCCAGGAGAGGAUUCUGAACUAGAGCCCGCAGCAACUACAAAGCAGUAUACGCAGAGGGUAGUAGAACAGACUAGUACACAACGCCAGUAUACCCCUCCUACUUCUCUUGAACAAAUAGAAGGAUCGAGCGAAAAUUCACACUGUUCAUCAACGGAGAGCACAGUGCGCAAGAGUGAUGGUUCUUCGAUACAGUCGAAGUCUGCACCGAACAUGGGCGCUGACGACGCCAACAAUCUUGACUUUUCCCGAGAGGUUCCUCCUAGUCAAACAAAAUUGCUGGAAGGCAAUCCAAUCCCUGAUCAAUCGCUGCAGAAAACUAUCGACGACUCAGAAAUCGAUUGCCUUUGUGCGUCGGCACCUCAGUCCCCGAACGAAACAAAUAUGGAUGCCUUUCAAAGUAACACAACCUUCUCCAACUCAUCAGUUCUCGGUAAAGUAUCGUCUGAGGAGCAUUUGAUGAGGAUCUCUAUGUCAGUCAAUGAGACUGAGUCCACGCGAAAUUGUCUUCGGUCGCUGGACACGGCGAGAGAGAAUGUUGAGGAGCUUGUAACUGCUUCAGAGACGGACGCAAGGGUUUUGGGGCUGCCGAACCAUACGGUAGAGAUACUGGAGCCUCCCUCAACUCCAGUCUCGAAGCCUCCAGAAAACGCAUUAAACAUCCAGACGACUCUAACCACACCGCUGGAUGAACGGGAAGAGCUAAAACCUUUUCUUUUGGCGAUGGCCAAUAAUGAUAUAGGCAUCCCAAAAGGGGACUGUGUGCUUUCGCUUCUGGAUGAGAACCCAGAGACUACCUACAAUGAACGCGUGAAAGAAGCGGUAUGGCGAUGCCGAACGAUGCGACAAAAUUGCGAUACUAAAUGGACACGAGAAAAAAUACUGCGAAAAGCUGGGUCGCCACCUCGUGGUCGCUCAUCGGUCCCUGUUGAUACUGACGACGCCCGUGUUGUUGGUGGCAUACGAAGUGCAUUGAAAACGCAACGAGCGGCUAUUGAGCAUUUAAAGUUCGACGAACUGGACGACGCAUUAGCACUUUUUGAAGAUAUCGUCGCUACCUACUCUAGCCACCUCGAAGAUAUCAAGAGCAGCUCAGACCUUUACCAGGAGGGUUAUACGAUGGAAUUGAGUGCUCAUUUUAGGUCGUUCAUGGGACCACCUCUUCAUAAUGUUGGUAUCGUACACCUCUUACGCGGCGAUUUCCAAAAUGCUCUAAGCUAUUUCGAAGAAUCGUCACCAAGUCGAGUUGAUGGAACAGACUUAGGUAAUCCUGAUUACAUUACUUCUUUGGCAAGGAAGGCUGUUUGCAACUGUGCUUUGCAAAACCUUGACGAUGCAAAUCGUGACCUUGAAUUUGCGGUUUCACAUCUUCAGGGGAAUUUACGGACGAUGUCUGACUACCGACAACUCGCUGAGUGUCUCAAUAAUAUUGGCUGCCUGUCGUACAGGAAUGGAAAUAUUGAGCUCGCGGAGGCCCAGUUUACGGAAGCCCUGGAAUGUCAGGCGAUCGUUGCUCAAAACUCUCUGUAUGCUGGGUCCAAAUAUUCCAGCCAUGCUGCUUCCAUUAACGUGUCAGUGACGGAAGGAAACCUAGGCUUUCUUGGGCUGUCUAAAAAGGACUAUGACGCAAGUGUUACGCUGUUUGAAUUUGCCGUCCAUAAACAAGAGCUUCUUCUGUGGGACGCCCACCCUACACUCGUUGCAUCUAUGGAACAUCUCGCGUUUGCAAAUUAUCUUUCCGGGGCGAAAGAGAAGGCACUUCAGGUAUUUCUCGCUCCGGACUUUUGCUUUGUUCAUAGGCUAUUUCCGUUUCUUACACAGCGGUUUUUGUUUUCCCAUGAAGGUGUUUCGACGCAUCAUACAUAUGCAAGUGGAUGCGUACGGUCCCGACGACCCAAGAUCACUAGCGACUGCCACUAAAAUAAAACGUAUC